CGCCACUGUUCACAUCGGCGUUCACACUUCACUUCCGGUCUGUCGUUGCCCUUACGACGUUUUUUCUUUUUUUCUUUGAAAUAUACGCGUAUUUGGUGUAUUCCAGACGGUCUAGAGCGGCGUAAGACAAUAUUUACAGGACGUGUUCAAAAUAAAGUAUCAAUCUUAAGUCUAUUGAUAUUUUCCGUUGUUUUCUAUAUCAGCUAAGCCGCUGAAGGUGUCUUUUAUAUCAUUGCGAUCUAAUCGUACGUACUAUUUCGGUUGCAUUUAUUUCGGUUAAUAGAGAAAUUUUAAGAAUGGCGACUGCAGUACCAUCGCGAUUUGCUGUUUUAAGUAUGGAGGAUGAUGAUUUCAAGCCAAAGAAGAGCCAGAAAACCAUCGUCAAAACUGCAAAUACUAAAAAUAAAAAUGACAAAGCAACUAACUCGAAACAGCAGCCGAAAAAAGACGAGAAAAAAAAACAAACCAAUAAGGGUAAGAAGAAUAAGAACAACGAAGAUCGCCAGUGGGAACAAUGGAAACAAAAAGAUUCCAUGGCAGUCGAAGAGACUUAUGAGCAGGAGCUACAUCAAGCAAUUCUCUUAUCAAAGCUAGCGUAUGAAGCUCAAGGUGACACAAAUGGAAAAAGCAAAGAAGAUUUGGACCAAGCAAAAAAAAAUAUAAACAGUAAAAAACCAAAGAAGGCCACGAUGUCUUUGGGGGAAUUUAAUAACCUAGGAGCAAUACCCUCACAAAAUUCAGAACCUGGACCUGACAGUGGAGACUAUAAACCUAAGGAAUCAGGUGUCGAAUUUUUCGAUAGAAUUAAAAAGGAAACCAUACAUGAAAUUACUAGAGAAAAAGAGAAAGAUAUACUAAAAGCAAGGCAGAAUCAAAUAGAUGAAGACAUCACUUCAGCCCAAUUGAGGGUUGAGAUAGAAAAAAGAGACGAAUUGAUUGGACAGCUUAAAGAUGAGGUUCAGACUUUGAAAGAUGAAUUGAGGCAAGUCAAGAAGAGAAAUAAGAAGCUUUAUGAAAUAUUAUCUCACGGGGAAAUGAAGGAUAAGGCAUCAGUACUAGUAGAAGUUGCUAAACUCCAAGAAAUCCGCGAUGAAUUGACCGCAGAGGUGGCAUCCCUUCACGCGCUGUUGGAACAAGAAAGAUCCAAAACCAGAGCUUCCAGUGUCGAUCCUAAGACGAGCAAACAAACCAAUAAGAAAAGGCCUGCGACUGAAAACGCUUGAAAACUCUUCCAGUGCUGUGGCGUUAGGUAUUGCUGUUGUGAUUCAAGUAUGUAAUGUAUGUAUUGUGAUGAACGAGAGCUAUCAUUCAUUUGUGUGGCGAUUACUCUGAGAAAAAAAAUUAAUCAUAAGCGGAGAAGACAAACUAAUAAUAAUAUACAUACGAAGUAAAACGAAUCUCGUACUGAAAAAUACCUUUGAUAUUGGUUUAGAUUAAGAAAUUUAUACGGAUAAGAUGAUUAUAAAUGAAGAGUUUUGACUUGGGGAAGGCAAAUAUCAAACAAGAUUUAUUUUAUGAUGUUGAGACCAUUUCUACAAUAUUUUUAUUUUUUUUUUAUUUUGCUUUACCAUGAAUGGUCCGCAUCGUAAUAAAUGUGUUAAGCGCAAUUAAUAUUAUAUACCAACUUAUUGACUGUUAUGGCAAUGUUCAAAGGGAAAAACCCGCUAACGAUAUGUUCCUUUGUUUUUCCUGAUUCGUUCUUUGCCCUUUAUAGGCACGGGUUUUCUUCCUCUGUUCUACUGCAUAGUAUUAUUUCUAAUAUUUUGUAAUAAACAUAGUGUAUGUAACGUA